AUGUCAAAGUUCCAGACGUCCAUCCACGAGUACCUCGAAACCCUGCCAGAACACACCUUCAACCGCCUCUACCAAAAGCCUGCAACAUGUCUCGCUAUCUUCCGCCUUUUGCCACCACUCGGGAAACAAAUCAUCAUGUCCUGUCUCUAUGUCGAUAAGCCCAUCCCCUUCAACGAGAUGCGGCUCUGGUUUAAGGAUGGCGCUGGCAUUACAAAGCAAAUGGAGGCAAUGGCAAGGCUCAAGGCGCUGCAUGUCUUCACGGAGCAACACAACAGCUACAAGAUGAACCCUACGUUUCUACAAGAGUUCAGAAAUGCUUUGACCGGAGGAGGAAACUCGGAGAGUUUUGGACUGGCAACAUCGACGCCCGACAAGCAUCACGUCGAUAUUGCAUUCCUGGACGACUAUGCAACAAAGCAAUGGGAGGCAAUCUUACAUUUCAUGGUGGGAACCACAGAGGGCAAACCUCCCUGCAAGGGAGUCCUGAACCUUUUGGGAAGGAGUGGUCUCAUGACAGGAGGAUCGAACGCCCAGCAGGCAGAGAACAUGGACGCCCGCGAGUUUGCGAGUCAGAUGGCGCGACAAGAUUUCGGAGUUCCCACUAUUACCAACAAAGGGUUCCAGUUCUUGCUCCAGGAUAUUAACACUCAGGUGUGGGCGUUUUUGCUCCAGUACUUGAAUAUGGCGGAGAGUUUGAAUAUGGAUCUGGUCGAGGUGUUGACGUUCUUUUUCCAGUUGGGUUCGCUCGAGUUGGGGAACGAUUAUUCGUCUGAGAAGUUGACGCCGUCGCAGACACAUCUGUUGGAGGACUUGAAGGCGUAUGGAAUUGUGUAUCAGAGGAAACGCGGGAGCAGACGGUAUUAUCCUACGAGACUUGCGACAACGCUGACGUCUGGAACGCCGGUUAUGUUGGGGUCACAUUCGAAUGCUACCAAGAAUGCGGCUUCUGCGGCUGCUGCUGUCAGGAAGACUGAAGAGGAGGAAGAGGAUGGGCAUGGAUUCAUUGUCAUCGAAACCAACUACCGCGUCUACGCCUACACCGAUUCGCCGUUGCAGAUUGCAGUGUUGAACUUGUUUGUCCACUUGAGAGACCGAUUUCCCAACAUGGUAACAGGCGUCGUCACUCGGGACAGUAUCCGUCGAGCCCUCUCGAACGGCAUCACCGCCGAACAAAUCAUCACCUACCUCUCCGCCCAUGCCCACGCACAAAUGCGGAAACACUCCCCCGUCUUGCCCCUCACCGUCGUUGAUCAGAUCCGCCUGUGGGAAAUCGAAAAGAACCGACUCCGUGCGGCGCCUUCAUGGAACUACUCGCAGUUUAAUCGACAGCAGGACUUUGAGAGCACGCUCGAGUAUGCGAGUGAAUUGGGCGUUGUGCAGUGGUCGGAUUCCAAGAGGAAGAUGCUUUGUAUUACCCAGGAGGGCCAUCAGCCUGUGGGUGCGUAUGUCAGGAAGCUGAUUACGAAGCAUAAGGAGCAGCAGGCCCAGCAACAACAGCAGGCGCAUCAGCAUCAGCAACAACAACAUCACCAUCAUGCUACCUCUGUUCAUUCUUAA